AUGGGCCCCUAUAUACCGCCUCCUCAUGCUGCUGCCAGGCCCCUAAUCUGCCAUGGGCCCCUAUAUACCGCCUCCUCAUGCUGCUGCCAGGCCCCUAAUCUGCCAUGGGCCCCUAUAUACCGCCUCCUCAUGCUGCUGCCAGGUCCAGAGUCUCUCAUGGGUCCCUGUACGGCCUCCCAUUGCUGCUGUCUCCAUCGCCACACUCUGCCAUGUGCCACUUUCAGGUCUCCUCACACACUGCUGGUGUGUUGAAUUUUUUGACAUAGGGUGCUGGCAGAUUACGGGCCUCCCAUAGCUGCUGCCAGGCCCCUAAUCUGCCAUGGGCCCCUAUACCGCCUCCUCAUGCUGCUGCCAAGUCCAGAGUCUGUCAUGGGUCCCUGUACGGCCUCCCAUUGCUGCUGUCUCCAUCGCCACACUCUGCCAUGUGCCACUUUCAGGUCUCCUCACACUGCUGGUGUGUUGAAUUUUUUGACAUAGGGUGCUG